AUGGCAACAGAACUAUCCACUCCAGCGCUCGAAAGCCCCGUCCUCCACGCUUCAAGUUCCCGGAUUUCAUUAUCGACUUAUCACGCAGUACUCGAUAUCUUUCAGGCGCGUCUUCACGAUAUUUGGCCGAUCGCCAACAUUGAGCAUUUGAAAGAACAGCUAAAGAACCCAAGUAGUGAUCCCACUUCACAUGCUUUAGCAGCAGCUCUAUGUGCUGCGACGUUAGCACAAAUUCGCCUUUGGCUCGCACCGACUCCGCUCCCAGAGAAUCUCUCCGUGACAGCAGAAGACUUUGUCAAAGAAUGUCUUUGCGUUCGACUUGAACAUCACUACCAUCAAGAGCCAUGUCUUAAUGCUCUGAUCACCUCCGUCUUUCUUCACAUGUACUACGCCAAUCGAGAUCAAAUCACGCCGGCUACCAUCUCCCUCCGCGAGGCGAUCACCUAUGCAGACCUUUUGCAUCUAUGUCACAACCCUUCGUCUGAUCCAGUGCAGUCCGAGCAGUCGCAACUGGAGCUUCGAUGUUAUUGGAUUCUUUUUGUGACUGAAAGGUCAGUGAAUGGUUUCUCUGCAAUAUAUGAAAAUCCAAACCUAAGGGACACGCUCUAA